CGGGUGUGAGAGGGGACAGAGCACCGUUUGAGGGGCUGGGGGGCGGGGCUCCCAGGCAACAAGAUGCAGCGGCUCCGGUUGAAUGAGGCUCACGCCGUGUACCUGGGGCAACUCGCCCGGAAAGACGGGACACGUAAGGGGAUCCUGAGCAAGCGGAGCUCGGACAACAGCCGAUGGCAGAGCCGGUGCUUCUCUCUCCUGUACAACCUCCUGUUCUGCUUCGAGAGCGAGUCGAGCGGGCGCCCGUGUGCGCUUUACCUGCUGGAGGGCUGCAGCUGCGAGCGGGGGGCCAAAGGGGGUCCGGACAGACAGUAUUAUUUUAUCAUCAACUUCAACCACGAGAACCAGAAGCCUCUGGAGCUGCGGACAGAAGAUGCCAAGGACUGUGAAGAAUGGGUGACCGCAAUCUCGAGAGCCAGCUACAAGACAUUAGUGACUGAACAUGAAGCUUUGAUGCAGAAGUAUUUGCAUUUACUGCAGAUUGUUGAGACUGAGAAGAAGGUGGCAAAACAGCUGCGGCAACAGAUAGAAGAUGGGGAGGUAGAGGUGGAGCGUCUUAAAUCUGAGAUUGCAUCAUUAUUGAAAGACAAUGAACGCAUCCAGACAACACAAACUGCAGCCCCAAAUGAUGAUGUUGAUGUUGAUGUUGACAUCAAUAAGAUUAAAAAGGUGCAGAGCUUCCUGCGUGGCUGGCUGUGCCGUAGGAAGUGGAAGUGCAUUAUCCAAGAUUACUCAAGAUCUCCGCAUGCAGACAGCAUGCGGAAGAGAAAUCAAGUUGUGUUCAGCAUGCUGGAAGCAGAGGCAGAGUAUGUGCAACAGUUACACAUACUGGUCAAUAAUUUCCUGCGACCACUUCGUAUGGCUGCCAGCUCCAAAAAGCCACCAAUUACACAUGACGACGUCAGCAGCAUUUUUCUCAACAGUGAAACCAUCAUGUUUUUGCACCAGAUAUUUUACCAAGGUCUGAAGGCUAGAAUAUCCAGCUGGCCCACACUGGUGCUGGCUGACCUGUUUGACAUCCUUCUGCCAAUGCUGAACAUUUAUCAGGAAUUUGUGCGGAACCAUCAGUACAGUCUGCAGAUUCUGGCUCACUGCAAACAGAACCGGGAUUUUGACAAACUGUUGAAACAAUAUGAAGCCAAACCAGACUGUGAGGAGCGCACACUGGAAACCUUCCUCACUUAUCCCAUGUUUCAGAUUCCUCGAUACAUCCUCACUCUACAUGAACUGCUGGCUCAUACACCUCAUGAACAUGUGGAGCGAAAUAGUCUGGAAUAUGCUAAAUCCAAAUUGGAGGAGCUCUCACGAAUUAUGCACGAUGAAGUCAGCGAAACCGAGAAUAUCCGCAAGAAUCUGGCCAUUGAGAGGAUGAUAGUUGAGGGCUGUGAAGUUUUACUGGACACCAGUCAGACAUUUGUGCGGCAAGGCUGUCUCAUCCAGGUCCCUAUGUCAGAGAAGAGCAGGAUAACAAGAGGACGCCUUGGCUCUCUUUCUCUGAAAAAGGAAGGAGAGCGUCAGUGCUUUUUAUUCUCCAAACACCUUUUGAUCUGCACACGGAGCUCAGGUGGCAAGUUACAUCUAACCAAGAAUGGAGUGAUAUCAUUGAUGGACUGCACUUUACUAGAAGAUCAAGAUGACGAUGACAACAGACAAGAUGGGGAUCACUUAGACUUUAAAAUCUCUGUGGAACCCAAAGACUCUGCACCAUUUGUUGUCAUUCUGCUUCCUUCCUCCAGACAGGAGAAAGGAGCCUGGACAAGUGACAUAAGCCAGUGUGUGGACAACAUUCGCUGCAAUGGCCUUAUGAUGAAUGCAUUUGAGGAGAACUCCAAGGUUACUGUUCCUCAGAUGAUCAAGUCCGACAGCAGUUUGUACUGUGAUGAUGUGGACAUACGCUUUAGCAAGACAAUGAAUUCAUGCAAGGUUCUCCAGAUUCGCUAUGCAAGUGUCGAACGCUUACUGGAACGUCUCACAGACUUGCGCUUCCUGAGCAUCGAUUUCCUCAACACAUUCUUGCACUCAUACCGGGUUUUUACCACUGCCGACAUUGUACUAGAAAAGCUUAUUGCUAUUUACAGGAAACCAGUCAGUGCUAUCCCAGCUAGGUCCCUGGAGCUCCUGUUUGCUAGUAAUCAGAAUAACAAACUUCUAUAUGGGGAGCCUCCAAAAUCUCCCAGAGCCACUCGCAAGUUUUCAUCUCCACCACCCUUAUCCAUUACAAAGUCUUCAUCGCCAAGCCGCCGACGCAAACUCUCCCUAAACAUUCCUAUAAUCACUGGAGGAAAAGCUCUAGAUCUGGCUGCUCUUGGUUGUUCCACCAAUGGAUACCCAAGUACAUGUCCUGCCCCUCCGCCAUACAGCAAGACUACUUUAGACAUCAACAAACUUUAUGUGUCUGGAAGUUUUCCCAGCAAGGUGGGGGAGGGAGAAGAACCGCCUGCAGAGAGGGAUGAAGAACCAGGAACCCAGAGGCAGAACUCUGACGUUUCUACCCGUGGCGAUUCAGACAAUGAGCAGACCGAUGGUGAUGAGGCUGAAACUGAUACUUCCCCUACACGUUCUCCCACCACCCCUGUAUCUCAGCGUGGCCGUAACUCUGCAGAUUUCACACUUUUCUCAUAUAAUAAUGGCAUUGUGAUGACUGCCUGUCGGGAACAUGAUAACAGCCGAAGCAACCUAUCAGCAGCUUCUGCCUUUGCCAUAGCAACAGCCGGAGCCAAUGAGGGAACACCAACGAAAGAGACAUACAGGCGAAUGUCUUUAGCUACUGCAGGGUUCCCCUCAGAUCAGAGGAACGGAGACAAAGAAUUUGUGAUCAGGAGAGCCGCAACAAACCGUGUGCUUAAUGUACUGAGACACUGGGUGUCCAAACAUGCACAGGAUUUUGAGACAAACCUGCAGCUAAAGACUAAAGCAAUUUGUUUCCUGGAGGAGGUUAUACAUAACCCUGAGUUGCUGGCUCAGGAGCGGAAGGCAGCAGCCAAUAUCAUUCGCACAUUGACCCAGGAGGAUCCCGGGGACAGUCAAGUUACCCUGGAAGAAAUUGAGAAUAUGGUAUUGGAUGGUCCGGUGGAACUGUUUGAAUCUCUGUCUGCAUUAGAGAUUGCAGAGCAACUCACUUUACUGGAUCACCUCAUCUUCAAAAACAUCCCUUAUGAGGAAUUUUUUGGUCAAGGAUGGAUGAAAAAUGAAAAGAAUGAACGGACACCUUACAUAAUGAACACUAGCAAACACUUCAACCGUAUGAGUAAUCUGAUUGCCACUGAGAUUCUGGGAGGGGAAGAGCCAGCACAACGUGGAUGUACUAUAGAAAAGUGGAUUGCCGUAGCCGAUAUUUGUCGCUGUCUCCACAAUUACAAUGCUGUUUUGGAGAUCACAUCAUCCCUAAACCGCAGCGCAAUUUACCGUCUUAAGAGGACUUGGAUCAAGGUUUCCAAGCAGACAAAGACAUUAAUUGACCGGUUACAAAAGCUGGUGUCUUCAGAAGGAAGAUUCAAGAAUCUUAGGGAGGCUUUAAAAAACUGUGACCCACCAUGUGUCCCUUACCUGGGAAUGUACCUGACAGAUCUGGCUUUUAUAGAGGAAGGAACCCCAAAUUACACAGAGGAUGGACUGGUCAACUUCUCUAAGAUGAGGAUGAUUUCACACAUUAUUCGGGAGAUACGGCAGUUUCAGCAGACUUCAUACAAGAUUGAACAUCAGCCUAAGGUGACACAAUAUCUCCUGGAUACUUCAACAGUGCUAGAUGAAGAGGGUCUUUAUGAAGCUUCUCUCCGACUGGAGCCCAAACUCCCCACCUGAAGUUUUCUGUAGAACCCCUGCCUGUAUCAUAUUGUACAGAACCCCCCAAGCCUUUCGCCAGACCCCACUGUGCAGGGGUCACCAAGCAGGGGCAGAGAUGUCUGUGUCUCCAUCCAUCCCAAAAACCCAAUGUCUCCUCUGAGACACCCCACACUGCCCCACCCUAGGUUUGCCCCAAAGAGACCCCGCUGAGAAAGUGAGUAGGGUGGAGACUGAGAUGCCUUUUCCCAGAAGCCCUGUCUUACAGUCUCACAAACUAUGCAGUAGGAAGGCUUGGACUGCUAAAGCCUCCUCCUGACUUUUAGUGAAUGGAGUAAUAAUGGGAGCAACACAUCAACCAAACAGUGGCCGCCCUGCACUUGCAUCCUCCAUCAUCAGCCAUGCUAGAAUGGAGGAGGGAUGGAGCAAUGAUCUGCAGUCUUUCACAUCUUAAUUGUGAGCUGAAUUUGGUGAAUCUAGAAGACUUUUGUGCAAAGAGUACAUGAAAUGAUGAUGUCCCUAAAAAAAUGAAGAUGGGAAUUUUGCUUUGUUGUACAACAGAGAAUUAUCAUGUCCUAUUGCACCAGAAAAAGCAAAUUAGGUUUGGCAUCUACCUAAGCCUGCUUUUUAUUUUUUUCCAUAUCAAGAGCUGACCAAUCUGGAACCAUAGAUUUGGGACUCUGCUCAUGAUUUGUGGAAUGGGAAUCUGAGCAGCACAUGACAACUUUGUUGUGAUCAUUGUAUAAAGGCCUCACAGCUUGUUGUGAUAUAAGGGGCUGCUUGUGGUGUUUACUUUCAGCAAUCUGAGCAGAGGAUAGCCCAUGAAUGGAUUUAGUGGACAGUUGGCUUACAGAGCGUAUAGAGAAGCUGGUGUAGAGAAGGCAACUGUUUCCUAUGAAAUUAAGCAACAAGUAAAGCUCCUUGUUUACUGUCAUGAGAUCUUUCCAAUCUUUUAGCAGAAAUUAAUAUAAUCAACUGAAUACAUAGAUUAAGCACAAGGCUUAGAUUGAAGGCCCGUCCAGCAGCUGGUCUAGAGGACAAGGACUGAUGGUUUAAAGAAGAAUUUGCAACUACAUUUCUGGUUUCUUUAUUUUUUUGUACAAUUCAGUAUUUCCUGAUUACCUCUCGCUAAUAAAUCUUUUAUCUCAGGGUUACCACCAA